AUGGAGAGAGAACAGGGAAGACAGGCGGACCCGACUGAUGAAGUCUCUAAAGCCAUGAGGAAUGCAAAAGAUAGCAACGGGGAGAGACUAUUUAGCUAUGGGAAUUUUCUCACAAACCAGCAAAUUAGCAGUUACUUUUCUCGCCUUGCUUCUAAGCGAAGUGUCGAGGUAGAUGAGCCUGAUAGUGAGAACGAGACUCCGGGAAUAGACCUUCAGAGUGUACUUAGUGACAAGGUUUUGUCUGAAGUCAGCAUUCAGCAUUCCCAUUUAAUCAUAUAUGACUCCUACAACAUCUCUUCCUGGUCUGCUCUUGAAAAACAAGAAAAUGAAAAGAAUGUGCGUGAUCCGGAUGUCUGCAGUGGAUUUCCACUUCGCGGCCGUCGAGUUGUAGAAUUAAAUGUCCUCGCUAAGGCUUUGGAUGAAGGCUCUGAAGCCUGUGGAACAGCUCUACGGCUCUCCGACUGCAUAAAAGAAACAGUGUCUGGACUAGGAUCACUACUCUACAUAUGCUGUUCAAUCUAUGAGUGUGGAGAGACAAAUAUCGGUCGAACAAACAAGACCCACCGUAGUACCGGAACAACGCGAGGGAGACCAAUUUUCAAUGUAAACACGAAGCUCGCUGCAGGGAUGCUGCACGCAGGAACAGGUCCUACCCGCGUAAACGAGUUGUUGUCAUCCAUUAAUAUACCAUCACUUGGAGAGUCCACGCUGAAGGCUCGCAAUAGGGAAGUAGGGCCCCAAAUUGAAAAGUUGGCAAAGGAAUCAUGUCUGGAAAGCUUAGAAAGCGAAAGAAACCUGUGGAAAGAUGAUAGUGAACAGGAAAAUGUGGAGACAGGAGCGUCAUAUGACAUAGGAUGGCAAAAAAGGGGAAAAGCCCACAACAGCCUAACAGGUGUUGGCUCCAUGGUUGGCCUAAAAAGUGGCAAGGUGAUUUGCUAUGGUUCAAGGUCAAGAAGGUGUGCAACAUGUGAAACUGCCAGCAGACAGUCAAAAGAGCCUUGCAUACAUGACUGCAGGCUCAACUGGGAAGGCUCAUCAAAAGCUAUGGAAGCUGAUGGUUGUGUUGAUCUAGUCAAAAGAGGCCUUCCCCAUGGCAAGGAUCUGAUGGACAAAAGCUUGAGGCAGUCUCUGGAAAAGAUCCUAGAAAUUUAUGCUUUAAAUGCCAAGAAGCUAGCUGAUCAAACCAGGUUUCAUUUCUUUAAAGUUUGCAAAGAAAAUGGACAAGAAAACUCUAAGUUUGAAAGAGAGACAGAAAACAAGAGAGUACAAGAAGAAAAGAAUUGA